ACCUGUGUCAUUCGUGUGCGCGUCGUAAAAAAGUGAUUAUUGGAAUCAGGUCUCAACUCAAGGUCAUCGCACUACAUCUUCAUCGCAUCGAGUACACAAGAGGAUUCAUCUAAAUUAUUAUUACGAUGUCUGCCAAGUACCUACUGGUGUUCGAAACUCACAUGGGUGCCCUCAACUCCAUGGUCAAUGAAGUCGGAAACGGCGAGCACAAUCUGAUCCAGCCAAUUGACUGCGAAGUCAAGCUCGAGGUGCUUGAGUCUACGUGGAACAAGAUUGCCGACGCCAAUGACAAAUUGACCAGUUGCAAGGAUAUUGAUAUCACCCACAAUUACUUUAAAGAAGGUCGAUUCACCAAGGCCGUUAAUCGCUACGUAAUGGUUAAAUCUUCUCUCAAGCGCCGCAUCGCCGAAAUUGAACCUCGUGUGGUUCCUCUCUCGCCUCACAAUCGCACUGCAAAUGAGGCUACCGCCUUUCGUCCACAGUUGCCAACUAUUCAACCUCCAAAAUUCAAUGGAGAGCUUCUUGAAUGGCAAUCAUUCAAAAAUAAGUUCUCAUCCGUCGUUAACAAAGACGGUGUUAACGAGGUUGACAAGAUGCACUAUCUUCUCCAGAGCCUCCAAGGCACUGCAUACUCUCUCGUCGCUAAUGUGGAGAUAACAGACACUGCAUUCGCCACAGCCUGGCAAACUCUGACCACGAGGUAUGAGAACAAGCGAGUAUUGAUCACGGCUCAACUCAACAAACUGUUUACCAUACCCAAAAUGGCGUCGCGAGCCGCCAAAGAGGUUAACAACGUUAUCAACACCACUUCUGAGGUACUAAAUGCCCUGAGGGCUCUCGGAUCGCCAGUUGAUCACUGGGAUCACAUUAUUGUACAUUAUAUUACUCAGAAGCUGGAUCCUCAGACUCGAGAAGACUGGGAAAUCACGCUGGGGAGCGGCUACAGAUUUCCCACCGUACGAUCGUAUCAAGAGCUUCCUGCUAGCUCGUGCACGAGCCCUUGA